CUACAGAUACUUGGAAAAGUGUCGGGCAUUUAAAAACUAGUACAUUUCAGUCGAGCAAUUCAUUUCUCUGCCAUUAAAAAUAUACAGAAAAAAUGUUGUUAAGUGUUGCCGCGUUCUUGUUGCUUUUUGCUCAAUAUAAUUGUUUUUUAAUUUUACCCCGUCAUAAUUAUACAAAGGAUGUUUCAUAUCCUUUAAGGCCUGCGAACGUCGGAAAGGUUCCACUUUAUUAUGAUUGGAGAUAUAACAACGGCGUUUCACCUGUUAAGAAUCAGUUGCAUUGUGCAGCAUGUUGGGCUUUUAGUGUUGUUGCAAACAUUGAAAGUCACCGCAAGAUUUACUUAAAAGCAGACGAUAUUCUGUCAGAGCAGUUUCUAAUUGACUGCGAUGAUGCACAGGAGGGAUGUGAAUACGGACAGCUGCUCCAGGCGUUUGGGGAUAUAGUAGCAGUAUUUGGUGGAGUGCUUCGCGAUGUAGAUUACCUUGAGUAUUAUGAUAGAAAGGGGGAAUGUCAAUGGUAUCCAUCAAAAGGCGACUCCUCUAUCAGCGUGUCUCAUAGUCCACGCCCAGUACCUGUGAUAGGGUUCCGAAGAGUCGAACCUAACGAAGAAGUAAUGGCGGCUUACCUCUACAAAUAUGGUCCUCUAAGUGCAGCAAUAAAUUCGGAGUCCAUGGACAGAUACACAUAUGGUAUAGACGAACCAACACUCGACAACUGUAAUCCUAAUAAGUUAAACCACGCUGUCUUGAUCGUCGGAUACAAUGUGUAUGUAUCCGAGACUGGUGAGUCAACCCCGUACUGGAUAAUAAAGAACUCAUGGGGUACAGAGUGGGGAGACAAUGGCUACUACUACUUGGUGCGCGGAACCAACGCAUGCGGCAUCGCCAGUGACGUAUCAUUCGCUUUCGUCGCAUAAGAAGUACUUAUGAAGUCAACAUGGAUUUGGAUAGAUUGAUAACAGAAAGCUAUGUAAAAUGAAUAUUUAUUGUUAA